AUGACAACAUUUCCCUCCACAAUCCCCACAAUCGUUGAGGAACAUUAUAUUAGGGGAGACUUGAACAGCACAAUGCUGUACACAUUUUUAAUGGGUGUAUAUACAAUGGUUUACAGUGGAGUUGUAUACGCCUAUGCAUCAAGUGAGUCGUCAGGCAUGCCGCGGUGUAUUGUGUUGGGCAUGAUCUCGGCACUAUACUUCCUCUCAUCAUCUACUCUGGUACUCCUAUGGAACAAGUUGAACUGGACGUUCAUUUCCAGAGGGGAUACGCGCGACUCCCUGUCUUAUGCAACAUUGGAACCGGUGUCGUGGUUCGAUACAGGUUUAACUUGUAUUUGGAGGUGUUAUUACGUGUGGGGACGACGACUGAAGGUUACAUUUGUUCUAUUUAUGUUACUGACCGCCGAGUUCGCAUUCGCUGUCAUUAGCACCGUUAUCCAUGCGGUUCACGUCACGUAUUCUAAUAUUGUAGUUGCCACCCUGUCAAACAGCGUCAUCAUUGCACUCUUUCUCUCAUCGACGGUCACUACUGUUUCCACAACCAUUCUAAUUGGAUACAAGAUCCACAACGCUUCACACGCCUCCACGUCCCACGCGAGAAAAACAAUGCGCAUGCGAUACGCCCACAUCCUAUCUACAAUCGUUGAGUCGUCCGCGGCCUACUCUGUCGUCCUCGCAAUAUUCGGUGUUUCAACAAUUAUUGCGGUGCUAUACAGGAUCCCGCCCAACGUUAACGAAGCAUUAUCUUACAUCCAACCAUUCGUAUUUAUCUUGUCGGGGCUUGCCCCCACAGUCAUGGCUCUAAGACUCGCUGUGAGCAACGCCAACAUGGUAGACUCAUCCGGUACUAUAACCCACAUCUCUGGAGUACAAUCCGACCAUUCUCCACCGGACGACCUUAUGGGUACUAGCAGUGGGCCUAUUACCACCCACAGUACCGCAAAUGUUCAGCCGGUAUUAUUUGUGCAAAUAUAA